UUCAACCUGUCUAUGGAGCACAACAUCCUCCCCUGGAUCCCCGGCUCACCAAAAACUUCGUCAAGGACCGCUCCAAGGCCAACGCGCUGCCCAUGAAGAGCAAGAAGGCCUCUAGCUUUCACGAGUUUGCUCGCAACACCAGUGAUGCCUGGGACAUCGGUGAUGAUGAAGAUGAGGACUUCUCUUCCUCCUCUUCUUCUUUGCAAACUCUGAACUCUAAAGUGGCCAAGGCCACGGCAGCCCAGGUUCUGGAGAACCACAGCAAGCUGCGGGCGAAACCCGAGCGGGCCCAGUCUGCUCUCAGCGACAUGCCCACCAACUGCAAGGUCAUCAAGUCCAGCAGCGAGGCCCAGCUCUCCAGGACAUCUGAGGAGGCCUGUGUGCGGACCCCCCUUCAGAAGCAGCAGUCCCUUCCCCUUCGGCCCGUCAUUCCACUUGUUGCCCGAAUCUCUGACCAAAAUGCUUCAGGUGCUCCCCCCAUGACAGUGAGGGAGAAAACCCGCCUGGAGAAGUUCCGGCAGCUCCUUUCCAGCCACAACACGGACCUGGAUGAGCUGAGGAAGUGCAGCUGGCCUGGCGUGCCCAGAGAGGUCCGGCCCGUGACGUGGCGUCUCCUCUCAGGUUAUCUCCCCGCAAACAUGGAGCGGCGAAAGCUGACGUUGCAGCGCAAGCGGGAGGAGUACUUCGGCUUCAUCCAGCAGUAUUACGAUUCCCGGAACGAGGAACACCAUCAAGACACCUACCGACAGAUCCACAUCGACAUUCCAAGGACCAACCCGCUCAUCCCCCUCUUCCAGCAGCCGCUUGUCCAGGAGAUCUUUGAAAGAAUCCUGUUUAUCUGGGCCAUUCGGCACCCAGCCAGCGGCUAUGUACAGGGAAUCAAUGACCUGGUCACUCCGUUCUUUGUUGUGUUCCUCUCCGAGUAUGUUGAGGAGGAGGACGUGGAGAACUUCGAUGUGACGAACCUGUCGCAGGACGUUUUACGGAGCAUCGAAGCUGAUAGCUUCUGGUGCAUGAGCAAGCUGCUGGACGGGAUACAGGAUAACUACACCUUUGCGCAGCCGGGGAUCCAGAAGAAAGUCAAAGCCCUGGAGGAGCUCGUCAGCCGGAUCGAUGAGCAGGUACAUAACCACUUUAGGAAGUACGAGGUGGAAUACCUGCAGUUUGCCUUUCGCUGGAUGAACAAUCUGCUUAUGAGGGAGCUGCCUCUUCGCUGCACCAUCCGCCUCUGGGACACCUACCAGUCGGAGCCGGAAGGAUUCUCCCAUUUCCACCUGUACGUCUGCGCCGCCUUCUUGAUCAAGUGGAGGAAGGAGAUCCUGGAUGAGGAAGACUUCCAAGGCCUCCUGAUGUUGUUACAGAACCUGCCCACGAUACACUGGGGUAACGAGGAGAUUGGACUCCUGCUCGCCGAGGCCUACAGGCUCAA